AUCAGCUGUUUGUUAACAAUCUAGUCUUAUCUCUGUAGACUGUAACUGAUUAAUAAAUAAUGUGAUUAUUUAAUAUUUUGCUUUGAGUAAAUUUUUUUAAACUUUCAUACAAAAAUGAGAUUACCUGUAGAAAUUACUCAAAUUGUCAAAAAUGUUUGUCGUUCAUUUAGUACCAAAAAAUUAAAUCCCGUGUCUCAUGUCAUUUUUGAUAUGGACGGUGUACUUCUAGACACUGAAAAUAUUCACAAGCAGUCAGUAACAGCAGUGGCAUCUAAAUUUGGUAAGACCUACAACCUUGACUUACGUUAUAGAGUUUUAGGCGCACCUGAAUUUGAUGGAGCGAAGAUGAUAGUUAAUGAAUUAAAUUUGCCAAUAUCAGUUGAAGAGUUCAUAAUCAUGGUUCAUGCAUUUGAAAAUAAAGUUUUAUCAGAUGUUGGUAUACUACCAGGUGUAGAUCGGCUUGUGCGUCAUCUUAACAAAAACAAAAUACCGUUUGCUAUAGCGACUAGCAGUACUAAAAAAAGUUUUGAUUUGAAAACUUCAAAACAUAAAUCAUUGUUUUCACUUUUUAACCAUAUUGUCUGUGGAGGAUGUGAUCCAGAGGUGAAAAAUGGAAAACCUGCACCAGAUAUAUUUCUUAAAUGUGCCUCUAGGUUUCCUGACCAGCCAGAUCCAAAUAAGUGUUUAGUAUUUGAAGAUUCUCCAAAUGGGGUAAGAGGUGCUAAAGAAGCAGGAAUGCAAGUAGUGAUGGUACCAGAUAAUUUGUUGCCAAAAGAUUCUUGUACUGAAGCAACUCUAGUGUUAGGUAGUAUAGAAGAUUUUGUUCCAGAAGCAUUUGGUUUGCCAUCAUUUAAUUGACUACUUUACUAUUAAUAUAUUUUUACCUUUUGGUAUAUUUUUCCUGAAGAACACAA